AAAAUAUCUUUCAUAAUGAAAACACUGAUUGCUCUGAGUGUGCUGGUGGUCACUGUUGUCGCUCAAAAUGCAAGGCAAGGAGGAUUCGGUGGACUAGGUAGUCUGGGGACACAAGGAGGGUUUGGUGGACAAGGCGGCUUCGGAGGAUUUGGUGGACAAGGAGUAUUCGGAGGACUCGGCGGUCAAGCAGGAUUUGGUGGUAAUAUAGGAUUUGGUACGCAGUCAGGAAUUGGUCAAGGAGGAGUACCUCCGAGUCAGGGAGGAUAUGCUGCACAAGGCCCACCAAAUCGCUAUGAACCCGGUUACGGAAGUGCUGUUGGACCUGGUAAUGUCCAUGGAGGUAGUCCCGUUGAAUCUGGUCAUUUUCAUGGAGGUAGUCCGGUUGGAGCUGGGAAUUAUUAUGGAGGUAAUCCAGUUGGACCUGGCGAUUUUCACGAGGAUCAUCUUGAACAUCCGGAACAUCAUCGCGAUCAUCACCGCGAACAUCAUGAACAUCGUGAACACCACGGACACCACGAUCAUCACGAGCAUCACCGACAUUAGCUCAAGGAUUAUUUUAUAAAGAUCUUGUACUCAUGAGUAAACAAUAAUACUAUUUUGAUUAAAAAAUAUAGUUCAUUUCUGAAGUGAC